AUGGUCCUGUCUCCUGGGCAGGCAUUCUACAGUAUUAUUCGCCAGUCUACACGUGAGGUGGUGGGUGGUGGUCUUUCCCCAGAGCGACGUCGUUUGCAUGCUCCCUUACAACUGGGGUGUCUUGUGGAGAGGAGGGGGGUGGGAUGGCGCUGCACUUGCCCGCCCAUGACGCCUCUAAGCCGGGGUCCAGGCAUCCUGGCCCCGGUCAGCGCGCCGCUCGACGCUGGGCACCGACCCCGCGGUGGGUGCGGCGGGGACCACGUUGUUCUCCAGCGGCGCGGCGGCGGCCGGCAGGCUCUGCACGCCGACCUGUCCAUCAGCGACCAGGGUCAAGUGCACGCCCUGUCCCCUGGACACCUGCCCUGUCAGCAGCGCGUCGGCCACGGCGUCGGCCAAGAGGCCCGAGACCAGGGUCCGAAGCCCCCGCGCCCCGCGCCCGUCGGCGCAUGCCUCGCGCGCAAGGAAGGCCCUGAGCUCCGCCGAGGCCUGCGGGUGGGGGGUGGAAGGGUUCGGUGGGGCAUGGCAUCGCAACGAUGCCUCUGGCGUCGGGUGCAUCUGUGUCACUCCUCCUGGACGCCUGGAGCAGGCAUGCCCCGCGCGCACCGUCAAGCCAAGGAUGCCCAGGGGCUCCAGCCUCCGGGCCAGCGCCGCGAUUUCCAGCUCUGCAAUGGCAUGCAGGUGCUGGGGCGCCAGGCGCUCAAAGACGACGAUGUCGUCCAGCCUGUUGAGGAGCUCGGGCGGGAAACGCUCCUGCAAAGGGUGUAUGUGUGGGAGUGUUUUCAUUGGAUGAGCUCGCACAACUCAGGUUCGCAAGGGCGUCCGGGGGGCCAUGGCGUCCUCCAGAGAUCGUUCACCAUGGACAGCCACAGGCUCAUAAUCUGCCCUCCCUGGCCCCCCAUCUAG